AUGCUUCCUACUAUAUAUGGACACAAGAUAUUUACUUUUAUGUCGAAUCCCAUAAGUAAUCCCAAGUAUAUGGAAAAUAUAUACCUCAACGGACCAGCUAUCCUGUUGACUGGUUCGAACAUCGUUGAUCCAUUUUUCUUCGUAAGCGGUUUCAUCAUGUAUACAAACCUUUCUCGAGAAUUUCGAAAAUCAAAGAAUGAAUCAGUUUGGAAGACACUCUAUCGAUGCCAAUCAUCCAGCGAAUAA